AUGCGCCGCUGGCCCGUCCUCGUCCUGGCGCCGGUGCUCCUCGUGGCGCUGUACCACCUGGCGGCGCGCGACCCCAGCGGGCACUCAACAAUAACAAAGUACAUGCCCCUCCCCAAGCCGCUACAGCACCCCGAGUCGGUGUGGAGCAGCGCCUUUGGGCCGCUGCCGUUCGACCCCGCAAGCCACCAUGUGCUCAUUGCCAACCGGCCAGAGUGGCACGAGGAGGUCUGGCUCUGGGCCGCGGGCAUGUUUGCGCAGCUCGGCGUCAACCAUACCGUGUUUACCGAGUGCGACGGGCGGAACGCGACGAAUAGCUGUAUUCGGUUCGGGUUGAAGGAGCUGAGCGAGGAGGUGGGGCUGUGGAAGGGGGACCUGCACCCCAAAUCUGGCCUCUUCGCAGCAGUCAACACGCCCCUCCCGAACGGGCGGUACGCCGACACGAUCUUCCUCGCGACCGAGAAGGACGACCUGGCGUGGGCGACCGACCAGCUGCUCGACCUGUGGCAUGCGCGUCCGGCGGGGCACAAGUUCCGCGUCGUGGCCGUGUACCAUGAGCCCACGGGGGACGUGGAGGAGUAUGCCGAGAGGUGGGGGUUGAGUGGGGCGCUGAGCUUCUUGACGCUAUCGCCACACGUCCAAACACACCUCGAAAACAGACUACGCACCAAAGCGGCCUCGGAGGAGGCCGCCUGGCGCGGGAUAGAGCACAUCCCAGUGCGCACCAUCGUGCCCUGGUUCCCCGCGGACGAGGCGCACCUGUACCCAGGCGGCACGGCCCAGCGCGAGGCGCACGCCGUGCCGACGCGCGCGUGCAUCAACGGGAUGAUCAGCCCCAAUCGGAGGGCGUAUGGGCGCGAGUUUCAGAGGCUGCAGUGGUGGCUGGAGCGCGACGCCUCGCUCUUCGGCUACACCAAGCACACCAACGGCAGCUACGUCCCCGACCCCGCGUCCCCGAACGCGCCAUUCAAGCUCCUCAUCCUCGGACAGCAGGACACGCGGUACGACCUCCCCGACCCCGGCGCUUUGCGCGCCGCCGUCGAGUUCGUGCACGACUAUGAUCAGCGCGCGCUGUACGGUAUCAUGGCGGGCGUGGAUGUGCUCAUGCUCGCUUGGGACCGGGCUUAUCGGUACCUCGACUCCCAAGCCUCGUCCUCCGCCUUCACGACCCUCGAAACCGAGGUCCCCCUCCUCAUCACCGACAUCAUAGCCCACUCGUACACCUUCCUCGACUCGUCCGUGUCCAUCGUGCGGCCCAACGCCCUGCCAGAGAUGGACGUCAUCGGCCUGUUCCGCCUCUUCCCCAACGCGACCGACCCAGCCGUCACGGUAGAGGACCUCACGCGUGCCGUCGCGCACAUCUACCUCCCGCCAUACCGGCCCGAGAUGCAUGCCGAGAUCGCAGCCAUGCUCAAGGCUGGCUGGCGCCGCCCGCGUGCCCAGUGGAGGAAGAAGAAGGCCGAGCUGGAAAGGGCCAACCUCGACGUGCUCCGCGACCUGCUCAGCUCGCCGAUUAAUCAAUGGGACCCAGACUGGCAGGGCGGGAGGGGCUAGGUAAACGGUAUAAUAUAUGUACGACACUAGGACACGCAUGCAUAGCUACGGAUUUAUGGC